GUCACACGUGUCCCCAUGUCCCCGCAGAUGUCUCAGGUGUGGAACACGGCGCUGCUGCAGCUGCUGCGCAGCCUGCCGGCGCUGGGGCUGCCGCGGGGCGGGCGCCAGGCGCGCUCGGUGGAGCAGGAGGUGCUGUGGCGGCUGCGGCGCCUGCCCCUGCGGCAGCUGGUGCAGCUGGCCGAGCAGCUGGCGGGGCAGGGCCUCGAGGGGCCGCUGCUGCCCGAGGUGCUGCGCAAGCUGGAGCUGCGCUGGACCGAGCUGGACGGGCCCCGCGCCGUGGUGACGCUCAUGGCCAAGGUGGGACACCUGUCCCCCGCCCUGAUGGAGCGCCUGGAGGACAAGGCUCUGGAGCUGGCAGAGCAGUUUGACCCUGACGAGCUGCGCCGCGUGGCGCUGGCGCUGGCGCUGCAGCAGCGCCGCUGCGUGCCCCUGCUGCGGGCCCUGUCCUACCACCUGCUGCAGAAACCUGCUGAGCUGCCCCUGCCCGUGCUCACCGACCUGCUCUUCGCCUUCAGCAAGCUGAGCUUCCAGCAGCCGCAGGUGCUGCACCGCCUGGCCCUGGAGCUGCAGCCUCACGUGGGCAGCCUGAGCCCGGCGCAGGUGCUGCGCUGUGCCCGCUCCUUCGCCAGCCUGCGCUGGCUCAGCCGGCCCCUCGCCGAGGCCAUCGCUCAGCACUGCCUGGAUAACACGCAGAGCCUGUCCCUCACCCAGCUCUGCGGGGUCCUCGUGUCCUUCGCCCGCCUCAACUUCCAGCCCAGCUCCAGCGAGGAGUUCUUCUCCAUGAUCCACGAGCGGCUGCAGGGGCAGGAGCAGCAGCUGGACGUGCACCUGCUGACGGACGUGGUGUGGUCCCUGUGCGUCCUGCAGCAGCCCCGGGCCCCCCACCUGCUCCAGGUGCUGUGCCCCGAGUUCCAGGCGCGGCUGCGAGGUGACAGCUCCCCGCGGGCGCAGAGCUCGUGGCUGAAGCUGCUGCACAUCAACGCGACGGCCAGGCUGGAGACCCCGGGCUACGAGGGGCCCUUCCUGCCCCCCGAGCUGCUGGGGGGGCGCAGGGACAGGGACAAGGACAAGGACAAGGCCACCCCCCUGCAGCGGGGGCUGCGGGAGGCGCUGCCGGGGGCACUGGGGGGCGACGACCUCGUCCGGUACAACGUGAGCACAGUGUACGGCUGGGACAUCGAUGCCGAGGCGGUGCUGGACAGUGACAACAAACCUCUGCCCGUGAGGGACUUCACUGCCCCCCACUUGUCCCACUCUGAGGGGACAAAGCCACUGCCACCGGGGGCCAGGAGGGUGGCCGUGCUGCGCUGGGAGCUGCCGCAGUUCAGCUCGCGGGGCCGGGAGCUGCUGGGCCGGGGCUCGCUGGCCCGCAGGCACCUGAGAGCGGCGGGCUUCCUGCUGGCCGAGGUGCCCCACUACGAGUUCCUGGAGCUGAAGCUGGAGCGGCAGCGCGUGGCCUACCUGAAGGACAAGGUGGCCAAGGCCCUGGCCAGUGACACGGCCGGUGACACGGCCGGUGACACGGCCACCUAACCCUGUGUGGCCUCCUCACCUCGUCAGUGGCCCUGUGCCAGCGUGAGCGGGUCACCGUGCCGAGGUGGCCCAGCGGCUGAGCCCCGGUGGCCGCGUCACCGCAGCGGGGUGGCCGCGUCACCAGGCCACCGUGCCCACAGCGAGGUCCCCGUGUCCCCAUGUGACUGCUGCUCCCUGUCACCAACAGCUCAAAUAAACCCACAACUGUACAGGGA